UGCCACCAUCCUGGGCGCGCGCGCGGUCAUGUGACUGGGCUAAGAUGGCGUCGCCCGGUUCCCGGUGGCUCCUGGCUGUGAGUCUUCUGCCCUGGUGUUGUGCCGCCUGGUCGCUGGGACAUCUGAAUCCGCCUUCGCCGCCACCGCUGGUGAUCUGGCAUGGGAUGGGAGACAGCUGUUGUAACCCCAUAAGCAUGGGUGCCAUUAAAAAGAUGGUUGAACAGGAAAUACCUGGAAUUUACGUCCUGUCUCUAGAGAUUGGAAAGAACAUGAUGGAGGAUGUGGAGAACAGCUUCUUCUUGAAUGUCAAUUCCCAAGUAACGAUAGUGUGUCAGAUUCUGGAAAAGGAUCCUAAAUUGCAGCAGGGGUACAACGCUAUUGGCUUUUCCCAGGGAGGCCAGUUUCUGAGGGCAGUGGCCCAGAGAUGCCCGUCACCUCCCAUGAUCAACCUGAUCUCAGUUGGGGGACAACAUCAAGGAGUCUUCGGCCUCCCUCGAUGCCCAGGAGAGAGCUCGCACAUCUGUGACUUCAUCAGGAAAACAAUCAAUGCUGGCGCUUACUCCAAAGUUGUUCAAGAACGCCUGGUGCAGGCGCAGUACUGGCAUGACCCCAUCAAGGAGGAUGUGUACCGCAACCACAGCAUCUUCCUGGCAGACAUAAAUCAAGAGAGGUGUGUCAAUGAGUCCUACAAGAAGAACCUGAUGGCCCUCAACAAGUUUGUGAUGGUGAAAUUCUUUAACGAUUCCAUUGUGGACCCAGUAGACUCUGAGUGGUUUGGAUUUUACAGAAGUGGCCAAGCUAAGGAAACCAUUCCCCUCCAGGAAAGCACUCUAUACACAGAGGACCGCCUGGGGCUAAAGCAAAUGGACAAAGCAGGAAAGCUAGUGUUUCUGGCUAAGGAAGGGGACCAUCUUCAACUGUCUAAAGAAUGGUUUAAUGCCCACAUCAUCCCUUUUCUUAAGUGAAGCCCUUGCACUUUGCAGCAGAGCUCAGGAAACUCCAGCUCUUCCAAAGCGUGUAAACAGCUCUCCAUGCCCAACCCUGAACUCUAAUCAACUUGCAAGCAGUUCUUUCUCUCCUGUUAUCUAACAUGCCCUACUUGGAAAGAUCUAAGAUCUGAAUCUUAUCCUUUGCCGCCUCCUAUUACCAUAUGGUGUUGAGUUCAAAUUUAAUUAGCUAAUAACCAUGGAGAUUGUUUUACGACCUUGUGAUAUGGUCAAGCUUCCCCUUGAGAAAGGAGUCUGCUGUUGUGGUACAAUGAUUGUGCCCGGAGGAUACAAGAAAACGAAGCAGGGAGACAGGCACUGAUGGCAAAACCCCACAAAUUUGGAGCAAAUAAAAGCCUGCUGGUACCCAGUCCUGAGGCGCUCACACAAGCACUUUCUCAGCACUGCUGCUGUGAGCAGUGCUCGGACAGCAUCACCUGCCUGAUGUUUCUGCAUCAUUUCCUAAGGCUGGUUUCCUAUUAAGUGUUGCCUUCUGGUGGCACCUACAGUCACUCCACAGGCCCACUGUCAUGCCCCCAUUAGAAUUCACCUUAUAUCCUAAGUAAUAAAAUCAGUCACCAAAGUAGUGAACAGCCAGCAGGGUUGCUUAGAGAAGAAAUGCACUUUUUUGGGGGGGAGGGGGGACAAGGUCUCACUUUAUAGCCCUAGCUGGCUGGAACUCACUAUGUAGAGCAGACUGACCUUGAACUCACAGAGAUGCCCCGCCUUCUGAGUGCUGGGAUUAAAGGCAUGUGCCACACCUAUAGCAGUGUGUGUUUUACAUACUCUGACAUAGUGGGGCAGUAGGGUAGAAGCAAGCACCAGAUGCUGACCGUUCCUGUCACUCUACUGUCACUUACACCAUUGCAGAUGGAACGGUGUGAAAAGAUGGAACUUUUAAACACACUUCCACCCCAAAUCCUACUUACCAGCACACUCCAAGCUGCUGCUGAUUUAAUUCAAGACAGUGAUUGCAGAGUACAGACUUCCUUUUCCCUCUGGAGAGCAGGCCACACUAUGACUGCCGACUCUGAUGGUUGAAACACCGGCCCACCACUUCCUGUGCUGUUUGAGCCUGGACCCUCUAGCACCCACGCUGCGACAGCAGCGCUUUCUGAAUGAUUCCCGUCUAGUCUGGAGAAAUGACUGUGUUCAUGCAGGCACCCUGUUCGUGCUUCAGAAUCCACCCCUUGCCAGUUUUCCCUUUUCUCAAAUCUACUCUUCAAAUAAAAAGAUGAGGGUUAAGGGCAGGAAGUAGGAGGAUGUGAAAAUAACUUUACAUGGCUGUCUAAAAUAAAGAGUAGUUUCUUA